AUGCACGCGCGAACCCGCCGGCGACGGCGCGACCUGGCAUCCGCUGUCCGAAAACCACGCGCUGCUCCUGCUCGAAAUCGUCCCGGGGCUGCUGAUCGUGACCCGCACGUCAUGUGGAGCUGUCAGCGGACGACGAGGGAUCUGAAAUGCACGCUUAUGGGCUCGCUGUUUGGCUGGGACGGGGAGAGCGGUGUUGGCGAGGGGGGGGUUGAGUUUGAGUUGGGGAUUGUGGUGCAGGCUUUUGCGAGGUUGGAGUCGGAUAAGAGGAAGCUUGUGGAGGAGGGGAAGGGGAAGAAGGGGAGGUAGGGGGGGGGGUACGCUUGUCACGCAGAUGUUGGGAGAGGGACUGGAUACGGUGUAGAGUGGCUGAGGCUUCAUAAAUGCGGGCGCUCUCGCGGGCCAUCUUCUUUUCCCUCUUGAUUAUCAGGGCUUCCGUCUCGUAAGUAAAGUACAAAUACAGGUCGAACUAUAAAUACAUUCAUCCCCAUCCUUUUCCCCCAUCUCAACCCCCUCCCUCCAUACGCCACGAAAAAGCACAUCCCAAAC